AUGCCUGCCAUUACAUUGCACUAUUUCAAUUUAGCAGCUAGAGGAGAGACUAUUAGGCUAAUUUUUGCCGCUGGAGGAGUUGAUUAUAAAGAUUUGAGAUAUGAACAAGAAAAUUGGCCUACGUUAAAAGCCAGUUUAGCUGGUAAAACCAGCAUAGAACAAGCUGUUGCCGAUCAAGUGGCCGAUUGCUUCUUGCAUGAUUUAUUGGAUAAAUUUAUUGCAUUCACAUUCGAAAAAGAUGAAACUAAAAAAGAACAAAUAAAAACUACAUAUACAACUGAAAUUAUUCCCUUUUACCUUGGCAAAUUAGAGAAAAUCCUGCAAGAAAAUGGCGGACAAUAUUUCGCUGGCUCUUUAACCUAUGCCGAUAUAGCCUUCUAUCGAUUCGCUAAUGUUGUCAAAGACUUUUUUAACUUCGAAGAGGCAGCUAAGAAAUUCCCCAAAUUAACUGCUUUGUACCAAAGAAUUGCCAACCUUCCAAAUAUAAGGAAGUGGGAAGAAAGUAAACCGAAAAAUCAUGUACCUUUUUAG